GAUUCCCAACAAUCCUUUGCGAGGGUUCAAGAUGGCGGCGCCCAGUGGAGCCGUGAGUGAUGCGGAGAGCAGCAGCAGUAGCGACGCGGAGGAGCUGGCACGGUGCCGCGAAGCGGCGAUGCCGGCCUGGGGCUUGGAGCAGCGCCCGAGGGGGCCGGAGAAGCCAAGAGCCGAUGCCUCAAAUAAUCGGUUGCCAGCCACCCAGCCGAGCCUCAGGCAUAAGGUGGAUGAGCACGAGCAAGACGGCAACGAGCUGCAGACCACCCCCGAGUUCCGAGCCCACGUGGCCAAGAAGCUGGGAGCCCUACUGGACAGCUCCAUUACCAUCUCAGAAGUAGUGAGGGAGCCGACAGAGGCUGAGGUACAGAGGGUCGCCCCAGAGGACGACGGCUUCCGCCUUUUCUUCACGUCCGUCCCCGAAGGCCCUGAGAAGAGAGCUUCUCCCCAGCCCCGCCGGAAGCGCUCGCCCUCCAGCUCCAGCAGCGAGGACAGCGCCCAGGAGUGGCAGCGGUGCCGGGAGGCAGCUGUGUCAGUCUCCGACAUUCUCCAGGAGUCCGCCAUCCACGGCCCUGUCAAGGUGGAGAAGGAGGCGAGAAAGCAGAAAAGGAAGCUGAGAAAGAAAGCCAAGAAGGAGGCCAGCCCCGACUUGGCCGCGGCCACCUCCGCAAGCAAGGCCACAGUCGGCAAGCAGGAAAAGGAGUCACCCGAGCUCAACGGAGACCAGGCGUCACUUGGGACCAAAAAGAAGAAAAAGAAGAAAAAGGCAAAGAAGGGCAAUGAGGCUUCCCCGUUCCCGCCAACAAAGAAUGCAGCAGCCGUGCCUGCAAACUGACCCCAGCCCGUGGGCACGGAGCCCAACUACCCCAAGGACGAGGGGCCCGCUGGGGACAGGGCAUUUCCAGGCCCCGCCUCCCUCUCCAAGUUCAAGGACUUGGCUGGCAAGUCCAGACUCUGCCCGUGACUGGGGCUUGCCCAGGGGUUGGGGCAGAGACGUGAUUGCUGGGUGAGAAGCCUAAGCAAGGCCUACCCUUCUGUGCUCCCACUGGGGGCUGGGGCAGACCUGUGGUACCAGAACAUUCCGUGGCCUCAGGAAGGAGGAAGUAUUCGAGUUAUCCGAGACCGAUGGCCAAGUGGUAAAGCUUCCAUCUCCCCAGUGCUGUCUGAGGUGAGCAAGCGAAGGGACACCUUUUCCUUCGCCUCCAUCUCCUCAGCCUGGUGUGGGAGACAGUCUUAAGAAAAAUGAAGGAAGGGGUCCCUGAGAUGCCAAGGCCCAGAAAGAGUUUUGUACUUUUCCCUCCAGGCCACACAGACUUGGUAUAACAUUAUCUGAAAAAGAAGGAGAGAUUUUUUUUUUCCCCUCUAGUUUUCCAGAAUUUUCUUUCUCCACAUUUGUGAAUAUACCACACACGAUCAUGUCUCUGAGCCAAGUAGGUUAUCGAAAAUGAAUUGUUGAGGGACCCAAAACGUGACAAAGUGAUUUGGAUGCUGCCUCCUGGUCCGAGCUGAGUCUGGAUGAGACAUUUUAAGUGAGCAUUGCAGGGGGGGGUCU